UUUUUCUCAUUCCAAGACUGCGUUUUUUCCAUCGUUCGGCUCUAUAUAUCAACCACUGAGAACAACAAAAAAAGGCCUGGUGUGUGUGCUUAGAAAGAGCCCAUCAAGCAGUUUUUUUCCUACUACUUUGCCUGGUUAUUAGGCCAGAAAGGGGGAAAUUAGGCAGAAAAAGGAUGAACAGGAAAGAGCUGAUGAGGGACCGCGGCUUGACGAGGUUUUUGCUGCGCACUUCAACCAAUUUGAGCGUCGGCGACGAAGGAAAAGUGAUCAUCAACUUCGAAGAGGCUCUGUUUGCUAUGCUCGAACAAGACGGGAAAGUGAAUGCGGGGAAAUUAUUCAAGAGCUUUGAGGAACAAGGAAUCCGUCGCGACGACCCGAGGUUGAGGACGAUCAUCGACACCUUGUCACAAAUGUCGUUGAAAAUGAGUGUCGACUCUGAUCUCGGGGAACCGGUCCUUAUAGAAAACCUGGCCAUUGACAAACCUUCCUUCAUCAAACUUUCUCAGGUUUACAAUCGCAUUCCGCAAACUGCCAAGGCCGAUCCCGGGGCUUUCGGGGUCGCAGUUUGUUCCAUCGACGGUCAGCGAUUCUCUGUUGGAGACACGAAAACCUUUUUCCUUUUGAUGUCCAUGAGUGACGCUUUGAUGUACGCCUUGGCCAGGAGUGAGUUGGAAAGCGAGGAUAUCGAGAAGUACAUCGGUCAGGAACCGAGUGGCAGGGAUGCCAAAGAACUCGCUCUGGAUUCCAGGAACAGGCCGUUCAAUCCGCUGAUCGACUCUGGGGGAAUAAUGAUCGCAGCGCUCAUCCAGAAGCUCGUUCACCCGGACCUGAAAUACUCUGAGGUUUUCGACUGGGUCUUCAACAGUUUCAAGAGAGCCACUGGAGGGAUGCCAUUCCGAUUUAACAAUGCUGCUUUCAUUGCCACCAAGGAAGCUGCGGAUGGCAACUAUGCCCAGGCUUAUUACAUGAGGGAAAUGAAAUGCUUUCCGCCAGGUGCAGAGCUUUUGGCUUGCAUGGAUCUAUACCUCCAGUGCCAUUCGAUGGAGUCAACGUGCGAGACGUUAGCUGUGAUUGCAGCCACUUUGGCCAACGGUGGCAUCAAUCCCCUGACCGAGGAAAUGGUUUUCAAAGGGGACGCAGUCACGGACAUCCUGUCUCUCAUGCAUUCCUGCGGACUGAAGGAGUACUCGGGGGCAUUUGCCUUUGAAGUCGGAAUGCCUGCCAAAUCCAAUGCGUGUGGAGCCCUCAUGGUCGUCGUGCCAAAUGUUUUGGGCUACUGCGUCUGGUCCCCGCCGAUAGACCCCAUGUUCCAGUUGUCCCUCCGCGGACUGGCGUUUUCUGAGAAAAUCGUGUCCGCGUUUCCCUUCCACCACUUCGACAACGUCAAGCAGCCAUGCAGCAAGAAAACGGAUCCCUGUCGAUCCCUGGUGGACGAAAGAGCGGAACCCGUCGUUUCCCUGCUUUUUUUAGCAGCAUCCGGAGAUGCGAAAGCGAUGCACAGGUUCUUCAUGUCCGGCAUGGACAUGUCCGUGGCUGAUUAUGACGGCAGAACUGCUCUGCACUUGUCAGCUGCCGAGGGACAUGGGGAAUGUGUCGAGUACCUCAUCAAGGUCUGCGGAGCAGAUCCCAAUGUCGUCGACAGAUGGGGUCAGACGCCGUUGGACGACGCGAUUUUAUUCGGCAACACGGAGGUCGCCAGGAUAUUAGCCGACGCUGGAGGAAAACCGAAAGCCACCGAAAGCGAGAAAUGAAAACAAGGAAAUAGGAAAUCUCCAAAAUAUGAGCAAGAAUCCAAUUUUCGUACUUCUUCUUCUCCUCUCGUCAUGGUUGAGUAAGGAAAUCCAGUGGGGAAAAAUAUCCCGGUGAUGAUGCCUUAUUCUUCCGCUUCUUGAUGGGCAAAGAACAAUAAACUGCGCACCGCAUACGCGAGAAAUGAUAUCCCA